AUGGCUACUUCUAAAGACGAUCUCCCUUCGCUGAUCCAAACAUGGCUAGAAUGGGACCAGGAUCCCAGCACUCGCGCCGAAAUCACAAACCUCCGUGACUCCAAUGCAUCAGCAGAGCUCACUCAGCGCCUCAGCCAGCGCAUCCAAUUCGGCACCGCCGGCCUCCGCGGCCGGAUGGCAGCAGGAUUCUCCUGCAUGAACAGCCUUACCGUCAUCCAAGCAUCCCAGGGUCUAGCCAAGUAUAUCCGAGACAAGCAUCCCGAGAUCGCGGGCGACGGGGUGGUUAUUGGCCAUGAUGCGCGGUAUAAUUCGGAUAAGUUUGCCAGGUUGGCGGCGAAUGCUUUUGUUGCGCUGAAGAUCCCGGUUUGGUUUUAUGGGGAGGAAUCUGUUACGCCAUUGGUGCCUUUUGGUGUGACGUAUCUGCGGGCUGCCGCGGGGGUUAUGGUUACGGCUAGUCAUAAUCCGGCUCAGGAUAAUGGCUACAAAGUCUAUUUCAAGAACGGCGCACAGAUCAACACCCCAAUGGAUACGGAAAUCGCCCAAUGCAUCGAAAAAAAUCAAGCCCCUUGGCCCAACGCAUGGAAAGACCACCAACCAGACAAGUACCUGCGCGUCGACGCCUAUCAGAAAGUGCUGGCCCAGUACCAAGGCACCGUCAGCCAAUAUACCAAAUCAACCAUCCCCGAAUGGACCCAACCAAAACCCUUCGUAUACACCCCUCUGCACGGAGUAGGAGGGCUAGUGUUCCCUGACCUAUGUCGUUCUAUGGGCAUAAAUGAAUUCACCCCUGUAGCUGAGCAAGUAAAGCCUGAUCCAGAUUUCCCUACCGUUUCAUUCCCAAACCCUGAAGAAACUGGGGCUUUGGAUCUUGCCAUGCAGACGGCAGACAGAGAAGGCAAGAGUCUGGUUAUCGCGCAUGAUCCGGAUGCGGAUCGUUUUGCUGCCGCUGAGAAAGUCAAUAACUCCUGGUUUGUAUUCACAGGAAACCACCUCGGAGUCCUCCUCGCUUCGUAUCUCUUCGAAUCCCAAGACCCCAAAAAAAACACCGCCGUCGUAAACUCCACCGUAUCCACCGGCAUGCUCGAGAAAAUGGCUGUGUCCAAAGGCAUCCGUUUCCAAGAAUCCCUAACAGGUUUUAAAUGGAUGGGCAACAUAACUCGAACCCUCGAAGCAUCAGACUACGACGUCCCCUUUGCCUUCGAGGAAGCACUGGGCUACAUGUUCCCGAAAGUAUGCCACGACAAAGACGGGAUCACCGCGGCUAUGAUUUUCCUAUCUGCAGAAGCGAAGUGGAGAUCUCAGGGUCUUACGCUGUAUACGAAGCUUCAGAAAUUAUUUGGGGAAUUUGGAUACCAUGAGACGCUUAAUAAUUAUUUUAGAUCCCCGAGUCCUGAUGUCACGGCAAAACUGUUCAGGGUUAUCAGAGAUGGUCCAUACAGGACUGAGAAGAAACUGGGCUCAUUCAAGAUCCUGCGAUGGAGGGAUAUGACCGAAGGAUACGACUCCGGAACAAAAAACAACAAACCAACCCUCCCAGUCGACAAGGGUAGUCAAAUGCUGACUUUGUGGCUGGACCGUGGUGUUCAUUUCACACUUCGGGGGUCAGGGACGGAGCCAAAGGUUAAAAUCUACAUCGAAGGCUGCGGCGGAUCCCGCGAAGAGGGCAUAAAUGCAGUCUGCGACGCCUUUCUAACUGUGUUGAAAGAAUGGGUUGAGCCAUUUGCUCCGUCGAUGACAUAUAGCAAGCAGCUUCCGACGUCGUCGGGACAUGUUUUUAGGGUUUAUUAG